AUGUCUCACUUGACAGGGUGCAUGAUGCAGCAUUUAGACAUGGCUCUACUGUCGGCAUUUGUGGAGAGGUGGCAGCCGGACACAAACACCUUGCACAUGCCAUUUGGAGAGAUUUCGAUCCUUCUAUACGAUGUGCAUCACAUUCUUCGUAUUCCGGUUGAUGGAGAGCUAAUGGGAGAUGAGGCGUCGCCGGAUAUUCUUAAGUCAGGCAUGGAUGGUCUAGUUCGACUUUCGGUGGAUGCUCAUGUUGGUGGUAAGUGGAAGUCUAAGUGGUACGAUAAUGGUGCUAUCCAUGCAGAGGGAUUGUUGGUGCGUGGGGAAGAGCUGAAGAUUAAGGAGAUGGAGGUGCAGCGUUACCUAUUUGUGUACCUGGGAUCCACUGCUACCUCGAACAACAUCAACCUCAGAGCUUCUAGAGUGACUUUCGUAUUCAACUCUCGAAAUGGUUUUCCAUCCGCUCGGAGCAGCUUCUUUUGUCGGGAAUCCUCUAGAAGCUUCCUGAUUUGA